CACUUCAUCAGGAGAUCCAAGAGUUCCUGAAGUCAGAGAACAGAUCAGAGAAGGAGCUUUCUGAGAUCCACUGCUCAGCUCUGGCCUACAUGCUGCAGAUGUCAGAGGAGACUCUGGAUGAGUUGGACCUGGAGAAGUUCAACACAUCAUGGGAGGGACGACAGAGACUGAUUCCAGCUGUGAGGAACUGCAGAAAGGCUCAAUUUUCUGGCUGUGGACUCUCAGAGAGUCACUGUGAAGUUGUGGCCUCAGCUCUGAAGUCCAACCCCUCCCAUCUGACAGAGUUGGACCUGAGCAACAACUACCUGGAGGAUUCAGGAGUGAAGCAGCUGUGUGAUGGACUAAAGAGUCCAAACUGUAGACUAGAGACUCUGAGAUUGAGUUCCUGCAGUUUGUCAGAGAUCAGCUGUGAUUAUCUGGUCUCAGCUCUGAAGUCCAACCCCUCCCAUCUGAAACAUCUGGACCUGAAUGAAAACAACCUGAAGGAUUCAGGAGUGAAACAUCUGUGUGGUUUUCUGGAGAGUCCAGACUGUAGACUGGAGAUUCUGGGAUUGAGUUGGUGCAGGUUGUCAAAGAUCAGCUGUGAUUCUCUGGUCUCAGCUCUGAAGUCCAACCCCUCCCAUCUGAAACUUCUGGACCUGAGUUACAACUAUCUGAAGGAUUCAGAUGUGAAGCAGCUUCUUGAUCUUGUGAAGAGUCCAGACUGUAGACUGGAGACUCUGAGACUUACUCGCUGUGGACUCUCAGAGAAACACUAUGAAGUUGUGGCCUCAGCUCUGAAGUCCAACCCCUCCCAUCUGACAGAGUUGGACCUGAGUCUCAACAACCUGCAGGAUUCAGGAGUGAAGCAGCUGUGUGAUGGACUGAAGAGUCCAAACUGUAGACUGGAGACUCUGAGAUGUUUGCCAUUGUUCUAAACAGGACGGUAUGUGAGCUGAGAGAAGAUGAGCUGAGUCCUGAUGAUCCAGAUGUUGAAUCAGCAGCAGCUUGUGUGUAGAGAGACUCUGACUGGACCAUGUUACUGGGAGGUGGAGUCAAGAGGAGAGCUUCAUCCACAUGUUUCUCCAUUUGACAUCAUCGACAGAGCUGCAACUAACAGAACCAACAAAUAAAGUUGAAUUAUUCAGACACAUUAAGAACAAAAUAUUCGAUGUAGAUGUAAAGUUUCCAGCAUCAACAAUCCUUGCUCUUGUUUCUUGUUGUUGAUUGUGUAUAUAUUUGUCCCAUCUGUAUUGUAAUUUGUGUCAUGUGGUUGUCAUUUUACAGUGUAUCUUUGUUGUCAUAUGGUUGUAAAGUAAAAUAUCUCCUGGUUGUAUUUUGUA